UGUGCCCCAGUGGCCUAAUGGAUAAGGCACUGGCCUCCUAAGCCAGGGAUUGUGGGUUCGAGUCCCAUCUGGGGUGAAGAUCUUUUAGUCUUUCCUUUGACUGAUGUGAUUUAUUUCAGUGUGUGCGUCCGUCUUCACAGCGAUCGCAUUCACGAUACAGUAUCACGGUUUGAUCGAGUGAAGAGUCUGGACUGUCGGAUUUAUUUUCUGUUUUUCUGCAGCUGCUCAACGGCGUCGCUGCAAACACAAACAUGACGCACGUGCGUGUUUUUCUUCUCGUUUGCUGUGCUGUCGUCACCGCGCGUGGAGACAAGCUGUUAAAGGCCUCUGCAUACUGGGACUCGACCCAUAAGGCCGUUGUGCUGAAGCAAGGCGUUCUGGACCCUCAGAGCGAUGCUUACGGUUACUAUAACGACACGCUCUCCUCCUCCGGCUGGGGUGUGCUGGAGGUGCGAGCCGGACACGGACAGACCGCUGAACCUGAUGAUGUCACGCUCUACCUGGCCGGAUAUCUGGAGGGUUUCCUGACGGCGCCGGAGAUUUACGAUCAUUAUAGCAACAUGUACCCACAGCUGAUCAACAGCCCCAAAACACUGGUGGCGGUCAAGCGCUUCAUGGCGAAACAGGACGUUUGGUCCCGUCGGCAGGUGAAGCGGAACCGCACGGAUCCGUUGUGGGUUCACACGGGUCUGAUUCUGGCUCAGCUGGACGGACUGCAGGCCGGCGUGGCCGACUGGGCCAAACAACAGGGGAAGAAACCUCUGUCUCAGUUCAACAUUCAGUUUCUGAACGCUGUUGGUGAUCUUCUGGAUCUGGUCCCGGCGCUGGUGCCCGGUGAUGAAUCCACACUGAAUCAGUCCAAAACUCCCCGCAUGGGUCACUGCUCGGCGCUCAUUAAGAUGUUGCCGGGUUAUGAGAAUCUGUUGUUCGCUCACUCCAGCUGGUACACGUACGCCGCCACCAUGCGCAUCUACAAACACUGGGACUUUAAACUGAGUGAACCUCACACGGCUACUGGAAAACUGUCCUUCAGCAGCUAUCCCGGUUUUCUGGUGUCUCUGGAUGAUUUCUAUCUGCUGGGCAGCGGUUUGAUGAUGACUCAGACCACCAAUAACGUCUUCAACACCUCCCUCUACUCUUACAUCACUCCUGCCAGUCUGUUCGCCUGGCAGCGGGUUCGACUGGCACACGCGCUGGCACACACCGGCGAGGAGUGGGCACAGACCUUCUCUAGAUUCAACUCGGGCACAUAUAAUAAUCAGUACAUGAUCGUGGACACGAGUCGAGUGAGUCUGGGCAGUAAACUGGAGGAUGGAGCGCUGACGGUGGUGGAACAGAUCCCUGGACUGGUGGAGUUUUCAGAUCAGACGCAGACUCUGCGGAGAGGUUACUGGCCGUCAUAUAACGUGCCGUUUCACCGUAAGACUUACCUGCUGAGCGGCUACGAGCAGAUGUGGAAGGCGUACGGCGAUGACUUCUCUUACGACCUUUGCCCCCGCGCCAAGAUCUUCCGUCGGGACCAGUCUUCAGUGAACAACAUGACCUCCCUCAAACACAUCAUGAGAUACAACGAUUAUAAGAACGAUCCGUACUCGGAGGGCGACCCGUGUAAAUCCAUCUGCUGUCGUAAUGACCUGCGCGAGCAUCACGCGAGUCCCGGAGGAUGUUACGAUACCAAGGUGACGGAUCUUCACAUGGCUCAGGAGUUUGUGUCGGAGGCUCUGAAUGGACCGACCACAGACGGCGGGCUUCCCGUCUUCUCCUGGGAGAAGUUUAACGGCACGUUACAUCAGGGUCUUCCUCAACAAUACAACUUCAGUUUCGUCAGCAUGCAGCCGCAGCUCUUCAGACCCUGAAAAACACGUGAAUCUGGUUGUGAUGACGUCAUGACAUCUGCACGGAGAUCUCUUCAUGUCUGAGGACUUUUUUGUAGUCCCGUGAAAACUGUGAAGCUUCAGUAUACUCAGUGAAUUAUCAUUAAACUCUUCAUGAAUUUAAUCAUUUAUCACUUUAAUUUCCAUUUUUAAUCUGGACAUUCAAAGAAAACUACAAUAAAGAGCUGAUAGACUUUAAACUAGAUCAGAUUUUCCUCGUGUGUUGAAUCUGUUGGAAUAUUUCUAUUAUUGUAAUAAUCUCAGGUCACAGAGAAUGAACGUUGCAUCUGAUCAUAUCUCAAUGUUUCUCAUUCACAAUGUUUCUUAUAGCUGUAUUCUCAGCGAUUGUCUUGAGAUUAAUGUGUCUGAUGUGAUGUACUGACGGAUCUGAGCACUAAAUAAAUCAACAGAAUUUCAAAGCAUCUGUGAUUGGAUCCUUCUGAAGUCAU